AGGUGAGCAGCUCCCGUGAAGCGCUGAAUGCUGGGAAGACUGCUCGGCACCCCGGACUUUGCUGCUGUUUCGUCUAGUGUUCCCCGCUGCGUGUGUGUGUCGUUUCUGAAGGAAGACAAAUGUUUUCGUAAUUUCUCGGUUGACCAACAAUGUAAUGAUUAUUUCCAGCGGGACUUUGGCGAGUAUGGAGGGGGAAGUGAAUGGAACCAAGGCACUCAUUUUCAAGACGGAACGCUUCAACUCGGGAACGGACGAGGCGCCACCGAGGAAACGCCAGCGGACUUCGGAGGAUUUCAUUUCGUUCUGCAAGUUCAUCCUCGAGUACGAGAACUAUGAGAGCAUCAAGCAAGAGGAGCUUCGCGAGAAGGCGGCGAGUCCGUCGGACAGCUCGGCGGACAGCGUAGACAGUCUCAAGCAGCACGCCGAUGUCUCCGAUGGCGACGCGGCACGAGGGGACGCCACUGAAGAGGAUACGGCGGAGCCGGGCCCUCUGGGCCGCCGCGGAGGCAACAUGACGGACGAGGACUCCCACGACCUGAUCACGUGCUUCUGCCUGAAACCCUUUGCGGGGCGCCCCAUGAUCGAGUGCUCGGAGUGCCUCACCUGGAUCCACCUGUCGUGCGCCAAGAUCCGGCGGAACAACAUUCCCGAGGAGUUCACCUGCCAACGCUGCCGCGAGGCCAAGCACACGACGCGGCGGUCGCAGAGGAUACGGGGCGGCGGCGGCACCCCCACGCCGCAGCGCCGCCGGCCGAGCACGUGACGCCAGGUGUCGCGGCCCGCCGUCCUCGAACCCACUACAACAGCUCUAGUCUCUCCCGUCGACGUGGCGAGUGAUCUCGCGCCCUGUACAGACUCUGCUUGCGCGGGUGCUCUGCCUUCCUCCGCCGUCGUCUGCUCCUCCUCGUGACUUUGCGCGGCCGCAAGAGCCGAGGGGGGCGGACCGUUUCGUCGCGGCUGUGGAAGUCGUCGCUGCAGGAUGCGUGUGUGUGUGCAGUAAAGGCUUCCUCCUUUUUCUUGUUUCGGUAA